AUGGUGUCUCUGAUGGUGUCUCUGAUGGUGAUGGUGUCUCUGCUGGUGUCUCUGAUGGUGUCUCUGAUGGUGAUGGUGUUGGUGUCUCUGCUGGUAUCUCUGAUGGUGAUGGUGUCUCUGAUGGUGUCUCUGCUGGUGUCUCUGAUGGUGUCUCUGCUGGUGAUGGUGUCUCUGCUGGUGUCUCUGAUGGUGUCUCUGUUGGUGUCUCUGUUGGUGUCUCUGUUGGUGUCUCUGUUGGUGUCUCUGAUGGUGUCUCUGAUGGUGUCUCUGCUGGUGUCUCUGCUGGAGUCUCUGAUGGUGUUGGUGUCUCUGAUGGUGUCUCUGAUGGUGUCUCUGAUGGUGUCUCUGAUGGUGUCUCUGAUGGAGUCUCUGAUGGUGUUGGUGUCUCUGCUGGUAUCUCUGAUGGUGAUGGUGUCUCUGAUGGUGUCUCUGAUGGUGUCUCUGCUGGUGUCUCUGCUGGUGUCUCUGCUGGUGUCUCUGAUGGAGUCUCUGAUGGUGUUGGUGUCUCUGAUGGUGUCUCUGAUGGUGUCUCUGAUGGUGUCUCUGAUGGUGUCUCUGAUGGUGUCUCUGAUGGUGUUGGUCUCUGAUGUCUUGAUGGUGUCUCUGAUGGUGUCUCUGAUGGUGUCUCUGCUGGUGUCUCUGCUGGUGUCUCUGUCUCUGAUGGUGGCUGGUGUCUCUGAUGGUGUCUCUGAUGGUGUCUCUGAUGGUGUCUCUGCUGGUGUGUCUAUGAUGGUGUCUCUGAUGGUGUCUCUGCUGGUGUCUCUGCUGGUGUCUCUGCUGGUGUCUCUGAUGGAGUCUCUGAUGGUGUUGGUGUCUCUGAUGGUGUCUCUGAUGGUGUCUCUGAUGGUGUCUCUGAUGGAGUCUCUGAUGGUGAUGGUGAUGGUGUUGGUGUCUCUGCUGGUGUCUCUGCUGGUGAUGGUGUCUCUGCUGGUGUCUCUGAUGGUGUCUCUGAUGGUGUCUCUGUUGGUGUCUCUGUUGGUGUCUCUGUUGGUGUCUCUGUUGGUGUCUCUGAUGGUGUCUCUGCUGGUGUCUCUGCUGGUGUCUCUGCUGGAGUCUCUGAUGGUGUUGGUGUCUCUGCUGGUGUCUCUGCUGGUGUCUCUGCUGGUGUCUCUGCUGGUGUCUCUGAUGGUGUCUCUGCUGGUGUCUCUGAUGGUGAUGGUGUCUCUGCUGGUGUCUCUGAUGGUGUCUCUGCUGGUACAGGUGCACAGCAGAGCCGCAGCUGCUGUAUGA